AUUGCGGCUCCAGCCUCUGUGGAGAGCUAUGCGAUCCGGAGCCGGUGUGGAGCCACAAUGGCUCCGGAUUCACCGCUCGUCUUAACUGCAAACCGGAGCUCCUGCAAAAUUGGGUGCGUGUGGCGCGGCGACAGAUCGGCGGAAGGGGUAGUUUUUUAAAAAAAUCCAAAAUAUAUUUUUUAUGCUUAUGAAUACAGAAAGGCGGGCGUUAUUUAUCAAGUAAUAAUAUUAUUAAUAUAAACCAAGAGGAGGGUUUUGUUUUAGUUUUUUUAGAACCGCCAGUAGAUAUUGUCUCUGUUGUGCAUUUCCUUGCACGGUUUGAAAUGGACAUAUUUAGGUACAGCAGCGAUCUAUAAAGAAAUGACGUGUAUUUCGUAGAGAAGUCGUUGUCAUGGCAGUGUCCUGGUAAUUAUUAUUAUUAUUUUUUUUUUACAUGGUCUGUAUCGAUUAAUUUCUGAACUAAUUCUGCAUCCUAAAUACCCAAUUAAUUAAUAUUUGCAUGAAUACCACGACCGCCAAGGGAAGCUAUACAGUACAUUUCGUGCAACUAACUAAAUUCAAUACGUAAAAUAAAUACUGCAUUAUUAUUAUUAUUAUUAUUAUUAUUAUUUUGCCCCUGUAGUGGUUUGAACCAUAGGACGCUUUUGAUGUGGAAAACACGUCAUUGAAACACUAAACCAAACUGGUGAACCUGCAUUAGUAGUACAAACAUUGUUUUUGUAUCCUUAUUUUUGCUAUACUGUUUUUAAAAAUCGUUUAAAAAAAAAAUAAAUAAAAAAUCAAUGAAUAUGCUGCGUUUCUCCGGUCGAGUGUGGAGCCGCGCCGAGUCGUGCUGUCAGGUCCUGCCGGUCGUGAUCAACACGUUCCUGGUGCUGGCCAUCACGGCCGAGGUGAUGUACUUGGUUGUGGUGGAGGCGCCCCGGGGACCGGGAGAGAAGCACGGCGAGUGGAGCGGGGUGUGGAAAGGGGCGCACAUCGCCUCCCAGCUCUUCAUGCUGGGCAACAUCAUGUGGAACGCAAGGCUGUUUCUUAAAAGGAGCCCCACCAUUCGGGGGGUAUUUCUCGAAGGAGCCGGGUUCGGGCAAGGCUGGAAGUACUGCUACAGCUGUGAGACCCACACCCCCCCGCGCUGCUCGCACUGCUACGAGUGCAAGGCCUGCGUGCUUCGGCGGGAUCACCACUGCGUUUUCUUCGGCCAGUGCGUGGGCUUCCAAAACUACCGCUACUUCCUGAGCUGCCUGCUGUACAUGAGCGCGGGGCUGCUGUACGCCGUGGUGCUCAACUCAGAGGUGUUUAUGCUCAUUCUGCAGGAGGGGCUCAGCCUG